AGGAGGCGGUGGACGCGGCCCACCGGGAACUGCAGCCCGGCCCGCGACGAGCGCGACUUGGCCUUGGCCCGCGCCUUUCCGCCCUGCUUGCCGCGGCCGGACAUGAUUCUAUAAUGAACCUGAAGCAAGCGCAGAGAGCAGCUGGUACUCCCGCAGCUAUACACUCUCUUUUCGACCUCACCCCGUCGCUGAUAGGCUGAGAACUGGGUCUUCCCUGGGCAACCAAUGAGAAGGCGAAUCAAAUUACGACCAAUAGAAACUGUCCCUUGUGUAAUGCGACGAGCGUUGUAUUUCGACCAAUUAAAACGCGUGGAAGUAAUGACGGUUAUUUGCAUAAGGGAGGUAUAAAUACGUGAUACGCGCUUACUCUGAGUCAGAGCGUUCUUUAACACGAGAGUGGGGUUGUUGCUGUUCUCUUAGUCGACUUUGCUACGAUGCCUGAACCAGCUAAGUCUGCCCCGGCGCCCAAGAAGGGCUCCAAAAAAGCCGUCACCAAGACGCAGAAGAAAGGAGACAAGAAACGCAAGAAGAGCCGCAAGGAGAGCUACUCGAUCUACGUGUACAAGGUGCUGAAGCAGGUGCACCCCGACACGGGCAUCUCCUCGAAAGCGAUGGGCAUCAUGAACUCCUUCGUCAACGACAUCUUCGAGCGCAUCGCCGGGGAGGCGUCUCGCCUGGCGCACUACAACAAGCGCUCCACCAUCACCUCGCGGGAGAUCCAGACGGCAGUGCGGCUGCUGCUGCCCGGCGAGCUGGCCAAGCACGCAGUCUCCGAGGGCACCAAGGCUGUCACCAAGUACACCAGCUCCAAGUAAAUAGCUGUUAGAAGGACCGUUCAACCCAAAGGC